AUGGCCUCUCCCCACGCCGCCGCCUCCCUUCCCUCCAACCCCUUCGAAGGUCCGGCCCCUUCCCCGGUGGAGGUCGUUCGCGAUCUCGACAUCUUCGCCCGCGUGCCCGUCAUCCUCGACUACGCCAACUCCACCUACUACGCUUGGAAGACUUACUUCUCCCUCGUCUUCCGCGAGUACCACCUCAUCGAUCACAUUGAUGGCCCCGUCGACUCCGACCUCAUGUUCGCGGAUGACGACUGGCUGACCAUCGACGCCACCAUCACCCGCUGGACGUACCAAACCAUCUCCAAGGACAUCUUCCACACCAUCGUUUGCGACACCGAUGACGCGCAGACGGUGUGGGCGAAGCUGAACGGGCUCUUCCUCGACAACACCCUCCAGCGCCGCGUGUUUCUUCAGCAAGAAUUUUUUGGCUGCCACCAGCUUGACUCGUCUAUCGACGAUUAUUGCAUGCGCCUUAAGAAACUUGCCGACGAACUUCGCGACCUCGGGGAGCGGGUCUCCGACGACCUUCUCCUCAGCAGACUCACCGCCGGACUGAACGAGGAGUUCAGCAACGCGGCCUCCAACCUCACGUUCCUUCCGGACCCGACCUUUCCUCGGGUUGUGGCCUAUCUUCGGUUGGAGGAGAGGCGGAUAAAGAUGGUGAAGUCCCGGGCCACGCACACAACGCUUGCCGCGGGCACCUCCCGAGCCGCCCCUCCCAUGGCUCCGCAGCCGUCGCGGCCUCCGCCGCCACCGGCGACCUACUUCCAUGCGCCUCCACCGCCGGUGUACCAGCCGCCGCCCCUGCCCCUGAUCGUCGCCGCGGGGGGCGUCGCGGCAAGAAGCAGCAGCAGCAGCACGGCGCGCGGGGGGGGGGGGGUGCCAGUCGCAGCUGUAGGCGCUGCCCCCGGCCCCUGGGCCGCCGCGACCAAUCCUUGGACGGGGGUGAUCCACGCGCACACCAUGCCGGUGCCACGGGCCCCCGUCCCGGCCGGGAUCCUCGGCCCCCGCCCCGGCGCCCAUCAGGCGAUGUUCGCCACCCCAGGCGGCUACCCCGCCGCCGCGCCUGCGUACGCUGUCCCGGGCAGCUACCCCACGGCCCUGCCCGCCUACCCCGCCGCGCCCCCUGCCGCGGCCGCCGCACUCCCGCCGGCACCGUGGGAUCCGGCCCUUCUCGCGGCGCUUCACUCCGCUCCUACACCCAACACAUACACCGGAGGCGGUGACUGGUAUAUGGACACCGGGGCUACCGCCCACAUGACUUCCAACCCUGGUACCACCGCCGGUCGACUCGCCAUCGUCACCCGCGCCUCCUGGUGCCCCUCGAGGCGGCCGCUCACUUGCGCUCGGGCCCCCUCCCGGCUUCGGCCCCCCUGCAGCGCGUGGGCCUCCCCCUGGCUUCAGCGCUCCCGCCGCGCCUGGGCUCCGGUCUGGGUCCGUGGCAUCGGACCCGGCCCCAUCACCCGCCGCCCCAGGCUCUCCCGCCGGCCCGGCUGCUUCCUCGCCGGCGGCCACGGCGCCCCCGACUCCCGUUGA